GCGUUACUAUGAUAUCUGUGGAGCGAUCGCGUCUGAAGGUGAAACAGGAGGCAUUUGAUUCAACAUGAGUGCAAGCGUUGAGUGUCGAUGAAGUCUCUGAACGCCGUGGAGCUCCGUGAACUGGGGGAUGGGAGCAGGAGAGAACCUCCUCAGACCUCCUCAGGACCGCAGCCCACAGCCGGCAUCGAAAACGCGUCGUUUGAGGAUGAGGAUCCGGGAACGAGGAUCCGCGUUACCUCCAGAACAUCUGGACCUGAGUUCACGUCCAUCGACUCUCAGUCGAAUCCGCUGCCUAUUCAGAGAGAAGUGCCGUCACCGCGCUCCGAAGACGAACCUGAGCUCGAGUACAACGGUCAUUCGGUGGACUACGGGUUCAUUUUUGCGCUCAUUUUCCUCGUAAGCGGCAUCAUAUUAGUGGUAAUCGCCUACACGAUCCCAAGAGAGGCUAAAGUCAAUCCGGACCAAGUGACAGCGCGGCAAAUGGAGAAACUGGAGAUGUAUUACGCACAACUCGGUUCUCACCUCGACAAAUGUAUUAUUGCAGGACUUGGUUUGCUCACUCUGGGAGGAAUGCUUCUAUCUAUUUUAUUAAUGGUGUCUAUAUGCAAAGGGGAACUGUAUCGCCGGAGGACUUUCGCUAGAAGACCCAUGAAAUCGUACGGAUCCAUUAAUAUGAGGAUGAGGCAGUUAGCUGAGGGUGAUGGGAGGGAGACGCUUGUGGAAUGUGAACCGAACGCCAUCGCUGCGAACGGUAAUCAGGUUCCUUCUGGAACGCUAAACACGUAGCACAACAGAAUCACAUUGAAAAACCUGUAGAUUUGCAGUCACAAAAGGAAAUAGUGCUCGCAAGGCAGCUUAAAUAGAGGUUUUUGGAUAAGUUUCUGUUUUUGGCUUUGAUAAUCUGUGAAUGAAACACCUCAUCAGAGCCACGGUUGCUGUUGCCUUUUUUUUUUUUGUCUGCUUUGUUGCCAGAUCUCUUGGU